AUGGCUGAACGUAGAUGUGGCGGUGGACGUGGCGGUGCUCGUGGUGGCGGUCGUGGUGGAGGACGUGGGGAGAUUCCUCAACACGAAGGGGCUGCACGGGAACACGAUCUGCGUGACGUUGAGAACGACGAACUGAGACAACAGGUGCGAGAUCUCCAGCGAUGUCUGGGGCAACUGGAGACCACCACCACCGAGACAAACUCGGAUUCGGACCUUUCCCAUCCCGACGAUGAUGACGGCGAGAACCCUUUUGGCUGUGCAAGGGAGCAUGGUGGGAACGGGUACUAUGGGGUUGACCCAUCGCGUGAUAUCGGCAUGAGGAUUGAGAUUCCAGAGUUUGAGGGUAAGGCUCUUCCUGAUGAGUUCAUUGAUUGGUUAAAUACUGUAGAGCGUGUUUUCAAUAUCAAGAACAUCAGUGAUAGCAAUAAGGUGAAAUUGGUUGCCAUUAAAUUGAAGAAAAAUGCUUCAAUCUGGUGGGAACAUGUUAAGAAACAACGAGCACGGGAAAGGAAGUCCAAAAUUCAGUCUUGGGAAAAGAUGAAGAAGUUACUUAGGGGGAAAUUUCUUCCUGCACACUAUCGACAAGAUGCAUUCAUUGAAUACCAUGUCUGUAAGCAGGGUGCUUUGUCUGUGGAGGAGUUUACCAAUGAAUUUGAUCGUCUACUGAUGCGUUAUGAUGAUGAGGAAGAGGAGGGACAGACGACCGCUCGCUACUUUGAGGCGCUUCGUACUGAGAUCGCUGAGGUGGUCCAAUUGCAACAAUAUUUCAGUUAUGAGGAUGUAUGCAGGCUUGCUCUUAAGGUUGAGAAGCAGUUGAAAGGAAAGAAAGUCUCGAGUCGUUGGUCGUCGGGCAGGGAGUCGACGGAUUUUCGUGGCGGUUAA